AUGGGAGGUGUUGACAAGCUUGACUGGAAUGUACAAAAGUAUAGGAUAAAAAUUAGAGGCAAAAAAUGGUACUUUCCUAUUUUCACUAAUGCAGUGGAUGUGGCUCUAGUUAAUGCUCAUACAAUAUAUUGUAUUGCUAAUGGAAAAAUGCCGCUAUUAAAUUUCAGACGAGAAGUUCCACGGUUCUAUUUGAAUUUACAUUCCGUGUCUGACCCGAAAAAUUGUGGACGACCAUCGUACAGUGUGAGUUCACAGAAGCGCGUACCAGAAGACGUAAGAAAAAAUCCUCAAGGACAUUAUUUAGAAAGAACAUUGGACGGAAAACAAAGAAAAUGUGCGGUUUGUAAAAAAAAUGUUCGGAAACAGUGCGUGAAGUGUGAUGUAGGAUUACACGUAGAAUGUGUUAUUCCAUGGCACUCUUAA